UUCCCUUUUAACCUUGGAGUUGUUGGUUCAGCUUCAGCUUAGACAAAAUUGUACAAAACCUUCAGAGUGUUUUUAUAAUGUUUUGCUAGUCUGUAUUUCCCCUUUUUACAAGUUAAGAAUGGAAAUAAGGGUGGACAUGGCCUUCUGAAUUAUGUGGACAUGUGUACAUAGCAUUUGGCAUUACCUUCCUACUCUGAUUUUAAAUUCUCUCAUAGCUAGGAAGCACUCGCACUGCUGUAAAGAUCAUGACUAAAACUUAAAAAUGGUGACUAAAAUCUUCUGAAGGAGUGAUGCCUUUGACUUGGCAUCUUGGGCUCCUGCUGCUGUAGAAAAUUUUCUGUGUGAAACUUCAAGGUAUAGACAACUGAACUAAUCUAGUUACACGUUUAAGAGCAUAUGGAUUCAUUGUCAGAAAAAUAAAGCAGUGUAAGCAUUUCUUCUUACCACCACCUGAUCAUGAAAUGUUGCUUUUGCCCUUUUUUGAUUUUGAAUGUAUAAUGAAGAAAUUCUGGCUUUUCAUGUGAUUUUGUUGGGUUUUUCCCCUCCACACUAGCAGUCUGUUGUGGGGCACUUUUUUUCCCCUUUCAGUAGUUCAGGCCAGGCUAGUUCUAUUCUGAUUAAUGCCUCUGCUUUCUUUGCUGACAAUUGGUGUCUGGAGCAGGUCUUGCAGGAUUACUCUGAACAUACAGUGCUGAGUUUAAAAGUCAUACAGAGUCUCCUUCAUAGUACUACAGAAGCUUCCACCUGCCUCUUAUUUUCUUAGCCUCACAUGCUGUCUUAUUAUGUACAUACAAAAUCCUUUAUGAGCGCUGCAUGCUUCUCUUCUAUGUCCUCCUGCUCUUGCAGUCCAGCUGACGAUCCUUGAGAGUCCCUCCCAACUCAGCAUAUUCUGUGAAUCUGUGAGAAUGUUACACGCUCAUGACUUUAGAUGGGUGUGAGGUGUGCAGUGCCACCUUUCCAGCACUUGAAGAAGCCUUUCCAGUGUGCUGUGUAUGACAGAAUGCCGGGACUAAGCUGUAGGUUCUACCAACAUAAAUUCCCCGAGGUGGAGGAUGUGGUGAUGGUCAACGUUCGCUCCAUUGCUGAAAUGGGAGCCUAUGUCAGCCUGCUGGAGUACAACAACAUUGAAGGCAUGAUCCUCCUCAGUGAGCUGUCCAGGAGGCGCAUCCGCUCCAUAAACAAACUCAUCCGCAUCGGCAGGAACGAGUGCGUCGUGGUCAUAAGGGUCGACAAAGAGAAAGGUUAUAUUGAUUUGUCAAAAAGAAGAGUUUCUCCAGAGGAGGCAAUCAAAUGUGAAGACAAAUUCACAAAAUCAAAGACUGUUUACAGCAUCCUUCGCCACGUUGCUGAAGUCUUGGAGUACACUAAGGAUGAGCAGCUGGAGAGCCUGUUCCAGAGAACUGCCUGGGUGUUUGAUGACAAGUACAAAAGACCUGGAUAUGGUGCUUAUGAUGCAUUCAAGCAUGCAGUCUCAGACCCUGCAAUCCUGGAUAGCCUGGAUCUGACAGAGGAAGAGAGGCGUGUGUUGAUUGACAAUAUUAACAGACGUCUGACACCACAGGCAGUCAAAAUCCGAGCUGAUAUUGAAGUGGCCUGUUAUGGUUAUGAAGGCAUAGAUGCAGUAAAAGAAGCUUUGAGAGCAGGCUUGAACUGUUCCACAGAGAACAUGCCCAUCAAAAUUAAUCUGAUAGCCCCUCCUCGUUAUGUGAUGACCACUACAACACUGGAGAGAACUGAAGGACUGUCUGUUCUGAAUCAAGCCAUGGCUGUAAUUAAAGAAAAAAUUGAGGAGAAGAGAGGAGUCUUUAAUGUGCAGAUGGAGCCUAAGGUGGUCACUGACACAGAUGAGACUGAGCUUGCAAGGCAGUUGGAAAGACUGGAGAGGGAAAAUGCUGAAGUGGAUGGGGAUGAUGAUGCCGAGGAAAUGGAAGCCAAAACAGAAGACUAAAUGUUCUGAGAUACUUAGAAGAGAGACCAUAUGAAAAAUUAGAAACCCCAUGCAAACACUCUGGGCUAAAUUAUUUCAGUAUUGAAAACUUCAGAAGUAAAUAUAUGAAGUGCUUUCCUGUUUGAAAAAGACCAAAAUGUAAAAGGCUCUUCUAAAUAACAUUUGGUGCAGCAACUUACACAAAUUGAUCCCUUUGAAAGGAAGGUGCCUAGUCAAAUUCAAGACCCAGAUCUGGCCAGACGGAGUUUGCAGCCCCCUACUUAACACUUUCAUACAUAACAAUUCCUAAUUGGUGAUUACAGCUCAGUGCAUCUGUUCAUGAUCUUUCCUGGGAGCAGCAAAACCAAGCAAGUGGAACAGUUCUACACAGAAUGUAUUUGAGCAAGUAUUCAAUAAAUUUCUGGGCUAUGUAACUCAGAGGUUUUGGGUUUUUUCCUCCUCCUCUUCUGUCACAUGACCUAGAGUGGUAUGAAUAUAAAACCUGGAACAGUAUGAUCAAUGGGUGACUUCUCUUUAACAUUGAAAGGGCUUUCUUUGUUUGCUUUAAAUCAAGCUGAGAAUGAGUGGAACAAAAUGUUUUACAUUAAUGUUUUCCUUGCAAGUUUGUUGGUGCACACAUGUUUAAAUUAGCGUUUCCUUUGUUUAUCAUCUGCAUCUAGGGACUGAGAACUUGAAAACUUUGAAAAUAGCUUGUUUCCAUUCCAAUAAACAUAGCUAAUAAAUGAAAAACUA